GUUCCUGGGGCUGGCUGGUGGCGGCUGCACCUCCUGCAUGCUGCCUAGAUUCCCAUGGGCAGGUUUGCUCUCCACCUCUCUCCACUAAGCGAAGAUGUGGUUGUGUUGCAUGGCCGAGUGACGUCUAUGGCACACGAGUUUCCAGACUCCGAGGGAACAGGGACCGCAAGCAGGAUGCUCUUCCCCGCUUCUGUCCAGGAGUCUCCGCGUGGUUUGCCCGACGCCAGCGACCUGUGCCUUGGAUUGCAGUCUCUCAGCCUGCCAGGGUGGGAUAGGCCAUGGAGCACCCAGGAUACAGAUGCUGCAGCCCAGCCAAGCACGCAGUCUGUUCUCAACAUGCUCAGCAAUCCUUUCGGGAAGCCGUCGUUGGGCUUCCUGCCACUGGAUCCCAUCGGCUCAGAGCUGAGCGAGAACCUUCCAACUCCGACCUUGAGGGCCUCCCGCUUGGACAGCAGCCGUUCCCUUCUCUAUUCACGGUCCAGCAGCCCCUCCGAUUCUGACACCAGUGGAUUCAGCUCUGGGUCUGACCACCUUUCAGAUCUGAUCUCAAGUCUCCGUAUCUCACCACCUCUGCCAUUCCUGCCUAUCGGAGGCAUCACCAGAGAUUCCUUGAAUGGAGCGGGGUCUCGCCUGGAUCAAGAGCAGGCUGCCUUGGCUGCUGUCGCCUCCUCCACUCCAGCCGCCUUGUCCAAGCAGUGGCCUGGGGCCUCUUCUUGGCCAUCCUGGAACAUCACUGACUCCCCAGAAGAUCCCUUCAGCAUAGAAAGAGAAGCCAGGCUCCACAAGCAAGCUGCAGCUGUGAACGAGGCAACCUGCACUUGGAGUGGGCAGCUCCCACCUCGAAACUACAAAAACCCCGUUUACUCCUGCAAGGUGUUUUUAGGAGGUGUUCCCUGGGACAUCACCGAAGCGGGUCUGAUCAGCACCUUCCGUGUGUUUGGCUCGCUGAGAGUGGAGUGGCCUGGUAAGGAUAGCAAGCAUCCCCGCUGCCCUCCCAAAGGUUAUGCCUACCUAGUUUUUGAAUCUGAGAAGUCUGUUCGUGCCUUGCUCCAAAAUUGCUCCCGUGAUAUGCUGAGCCCCAGCGGCCUGAGCGAAUAUUACUUCAAGAUGUCCAGCCGUAGAAUGAGGUGCAAGGAGGUGCAGGUGAUCCCAUGGGUCUUGGCCGAUAGCAACUUUGUGCGCAGCCCAACUCAGAGGCUGGACCCUGGGAAAACGGUCUUCGUGGGAGCCCUUCACGGGAUGCUGAAUGCAGAAGCCCUGGCAGGAAUCCUCAAUGACCUGUUUGGUGGAGUUGUGUAUGCAGGUAUUGACACAGACAAGCACAAGUAUCCCAUUGGAUCUGGACGUGUCACUUUUAACAACCAGCGUAGCUAUUUGAAAGCAGUCAGUGCUGCAUUUGUGGAGAUCAAAACAACGAAGUUUACAAAAAAGGUUCAGAUUGAUCCGUAUCUGGAAGAUGCCAUGUGUCAGAUUUGCAGAGCUCAGCCGGGUCCUUUCUUCUGUAGAGAUCAGAUGUGCUUCAAAUACUUCUGCCGCUCUUGCUGGCACUGGAAACAUUCCAUGGAGAUCCUGCACCACCACCGUCCAUUGAUGCGUAACCAGAAGAGCCGUGACGCCAGCUAGAGCAGUUGUCGGCGAGCUGCUCCUGUUUGCCGGGCAAAGCUCUUCCGUUGACUUAGGGAAGAGAAAGCCCACCGAUCCUAGUUGGUGCCACACCCAGGCUGGGGGAGAUGCCCGUCGGAAGGACUAACGGGGGAACCUUGCCUUCACCUUUGCACUUGGCUGGUCUUUUCUUUGUUUCUGCACUAAUGCACAGUGAAGUUUUGUUUUUGUGUGUUUUUUUUUGGUCGGGGGGUUUGUUUGGGAGUUUUUGAGAGGGGAGGGCCCCUCGAAACAAUUCUGCAGUUCCCAGACUUUGGUUCCUUGCUUGCUGAGGAGAAGCAUCAAGGGACCAUAGGUUGAAGAAGGUAUUGAACGCAGAUGCCUUCAAAUUUCUUAUUUAUCAAAGGGCCGUUUUUUUACAUUUCUUGCAAUACUGAUGGUAGAAUGCAUAAUAAUGCAGUUCUCAUUGGCUCCACUUUGUUUGCAGUUGCCAUACAGUGCCUUUCCAUUCGUUUAAUCUUCCCUCCCCUCCCCUCCCCUCCCCUCCCCUCCCCUUUCCCAUCUGAACGGAAUAAACUGGAUGUUCAGCUGGUGUUUUUUACUGUAACAACAAGAAGACUUUGUUCUUCACUUGAAACCAAAAUCAUAUUUCAUAUUUUACGCGCCAGGAUUUUUACCGGUUCCUUUUUACACUCUUGAAAUGGUUUUUAAGCCGUUUGAGAUGAGAUUUUUUUCUUUCCUGGCAGCUUUUAACAUCCUUGCAACUUAUUUCUGGGAGCUGUUAGUUUAAAAAAAAAAGAAGAAAAAAAAAACCAACAACAACGAUAAUAAUAAUAAUUCCCAGUUGUGAAUAGCAGUAUUUGCAACCCAAGAAGGACAGGAUAUUUUGGAUUUUGAAACUGGACCGGAUAAAUGGAUCUUUGAUCUGCUGUAUAUAGUUCGUUGCACUUUUAAGUUGCACUACAGGGGGCUUGACAAAAGGUUUUUAAUCACAAAAGUCCACAAGACUUCAAUUUUCUUUUUUUAUAUCUUGAGCGGAGGUAAGGGCUGCGCUGGGUCGGGCCAGCAAAGAUUUUACGAGGAACCCUUUUCUGUUUUAGAGGGACAGCCCCCUCGGGCACAGUGGGAGCAGCCCCACCGAUUUUGCGCUGGGAGUUGAAGUUUUGAUUUUGUUUUAUUUUUGGGUUUUUUCCUCCCUCCCCCACCCCCCUGUCUCUUGGAAAAGCUGUGUGCCAAAGAACGAAUGUUCUAAGUUCUCCCUUUUUCCUGCUGAGCUCAUGUUGCAUAUUCCAGCUGCUCUUUGUGGGGUUGUUGUGAAGCAGUAUGUGAAGUCUACCUCAUUGUAGCAUA